AUGGUUCAGCUGAAUAGCUCACACGGAGGCGCGACAAUGCGUUCCGGUACCAUCAACCUCAUGAACACUAUCCUGGGGGCCGGUCUUCUUAGUGUGCCCUAUGCCAUCAAAUGCGACGGUGUGUUAUUGGGAGUGCUGUUCGUCUUGUUUUCGGCAUUCACAUCUGGUCUUGGUCUAUACCUUUUGGCGAUAUCAGCUUCGUACACGAUACCAGGCCAUGCGUCAUUUUUUUCUCUGUCGAAGCUCACGGUGCCCCAGCUUGGGAUUGUCUUUGACCUUGCGAUCGCUAUCAAAUGUUUUGGUGUAGCUUGUUCCUAUUUGAUUGUGGUAGGGGACCUCAUGCCUCAAAUCAUGGAUUCCAUUUGCUCGGAUCAUACCCUGCAAACUCAUCCUUGGGUACUAAGCCGAACAUUGUGGAUUACGUUGUUUCUGGCUGCCAUAUUGCCUCUUGUCUACAAAAGAAAGCUGGACUCUCUCAAGACUGCAUCGCUUGUUGCUCUUUCUUCAGUUGGGUACUUGGUAAUAUUAGUCGUGGUCCAUUUCGUGCACAUAUGGAGUGGAGGAAAGGAAGAUAUUAUUAAAGGACCUGUUCACUUACUGAAGCCAAAUUCAGUGGUUGCUAUUCUGUCUUCAUUUCCAAUUCUCGUAUUCGGAUUUACGUGCCAUCAAAAUCAAUUAGGGAUUAUCAACGAGCUUCACGAUCGAUCCUUAGCCAGUGUUACCAAAAUGAAUAUUGUAUCAAUCGGUUCAGCGUGUCUUCUUUAUAUCAUUGUUGGUCUUUCUGGCUAUCUUACAUUCGGGGAUACUGUGUCUGGGAAUAUAAUUGCCAUGUACCCAAACUCAGCUUCAUCUACAAUUGGAAGGAUUGCCAUCGUGAUCCUCGUCACUCUAAGCUAUCCGUUACAGUCAAAUCCGGCUAGGGCCUCAAUAAAUCACGUCGCUUACUACAUAAAUGACUCAAACUUGGCAAAUUCCAUACGGUCUCUGUCAAGAUCCACGACUAGCUCAACACUCAUGACCGCGGAAGAGCGUCGAAAUCUAAUAUCCCAGGCUUCACCUCUGAAUGGAACAGCCCUUUUCGAUGACUCGUUCGCCACAGACGAGGAAAAUGAAGGUGAUCAUUAUGUGGAACUCACAAACACAAAACUUGUAGUGAUCACUACAACAAUCGUCGUUUCAUCCUACAUUGUUGCCAUCACAGUCAAGUCGCUUGCUCACGUGCUAGCGAUUGUGGGUUCCACAGGUUCAACAUCCAUCUCUUUUAUUCUGCCAGGAUUUUUCGCAUACAAACUGAUCGGAGAAGAUAGCGCUCGGCUGUCUACAAAGGAAUGGAUAUUAAAGUACUCAGGAUUGUUGUUGCUUGUUUGGGGAUUCAUCGUGAUGACGAUAUGCUUGUCUGCUACUCUUUUGUUGGGGACGACUCAUUAA